UACACCAACGCUCCCAGAAAUCCUGGUCGCCCAUCAUCGAUCAAUGGAGAGAUGCUGCAAUAUAUAAAAUGGCACUCAGCCCGCGUAUUGGCAGGUUUCUUAGAUAUCAUUGGCGGUAAAGGAGAGAAAAUUCAAUAUCUAUAGUAAGAUUCGUUAAUCAUCUUUCGGGAGGAAGUAUUCACGUGUGCAGGUAACAAAGAAGCAGCUCCAAAUCAGACAUCAGCUCAGCGGUAAAUUGUUCCUUACCAAUGAAAUAGAUGGAGACCAUUUAUUAUCAUAACGAAUCGAAUAUUACCCUUGUCAACGGGACGAGUCCAUCUAUCUACUCGAAAGACCUUGCAAAGAUCGAAAUCAUUGUGCAGGCGAUCAUUCUUUAUCUUGCAAUUUUUGGAAAUGCCGCGGUGCUUGUAGUGUUUCGAUGGAAAUUAAAAAGACUAAGUCGAAUGCAAUGGUUCAUCGUACAUCUGUGUGUCGCAGACAUUUUUGUGGCAUUCUUUAACAUUCUCCCUCAACUAAUAUGGGACAUUACAUACCGUUUCAAAGGAAACAAUAUUCUUUGCAAAUUGGUGAAGUAUUUUCAGAUGGUAGCUAUGUACGCGUCAUCUUACGUAUUAGUGGUGACGGCAUUAGACAGGUAUAUCAGCAUUUGCCAUCCUCUCACCAGCCAUACGUGGACAAAGCGCAGGGCCAACUUCAUGGUUAUCGUGGCGUGGAUUCUGUCCUUAUUUUUCUCCAUUCCGCAGCUGAUAUUGUUUGUGAAAAUGGAAGUUUCUCCCGGAAGUGGAGAGUACGACUGCUGGGAAACCAUGAGUGAUGGAGAAGCUUGGGAAAUACCGGCUUACGCGACGUGGAUCUUUCUGUCUAUUUACGUUAUACCAUUUUUCAUUCUCACAUUUGCUUACUCACGAAUUUGCUACGUCGUUUUCAUAAGUGUAUCUUCGAAAGAACAGGUUCGAGUUUCUUUCAAUACAAAAACAAACGUAAACAACAAAAAGGGCGAUUUACUGAUGAAUCCUCGAGCACACAACCGCAAUACGUCGAAAUCCAAGAAGAAGACCAUAUACCUAACUCUCACCGUCGUGUUGUGCUUCUUGAUUUGCUGGGGACCUUUCUUUGUUGCCCAGAUGUGGGCCGCUUACGACCCGUAUAAUGCACCAUUCACAAGUGCAUCUUUUGUAAUCAUUCUACUGUUGGCCAGUUUAAACAGCUGCACCAAUCCCUGGAUAUAUCUUGCCUUUAGUGGGACCAUGUGUUGCAACAAGAGGCGCCCAAAGUCGCCUUACCCGCAGUACUCUCUUGCAGGAACGAACCAAACAUUUGUCGAGUCCGAUUCCUGCAGUACCAGGGGCUCCAAGAAUUAUGAGAGCAAGCAGAUGAUUCAGAUUCCCAUGACCGAUAAAUCUUCAUGAUUGUUGUACAUAGUUCUUGUUGUACUUACCAUUGACUGAAGAAGUGGGGUCAGAUGAAAAUUAUCAAGUUUUCAUUUCCUUAUGGAGUCAGCAGUACAAGUCUACGGAUGUUUCACAUCAUGUUACAUAAAGAUAAUCUAAGAGAAUUAUAAAUCAAGCGUUAUGAAAAAUUGAUUGAAAUAUUUUGGUAUAAAGAAAAUAGCAAUUUCAAAGCGAUUUUACAUUCUCUGGGACAAAUUUCCUCAUUUUCAACAUGAUUGAACUUGGAUGCUUUUAUGUCCCGAUUUCUUCAGGUUUCUGUAGUUUCAAGCAAAUAAUUAUUUCCUCAUAUUAAAACAAAAUCAAUGCUAAAUUUUAUUGAAUUGAUGUAUUUUGUCUACAAAUGUUUCGUUAAAAAUGUUUGUUGAACUCAGCUUGGAAACUGAAAAUGUACUUAAAAUGUUAAUUUUGGUGAAACUAAAUAAAUCUUACGAAAACGA